AUGGCGUCCCUCACUGCCAGAAGCAGCCCGCCAAAGGACGGCAUAAAAAUCAUCCACGCGGGUCUUUACCGCACAGGAACAGCGUCCAUGGCCGCAGCAUACCGCAUCCUUGGCUACAAAGCCCAUCACGCUCUACACAACGAAUGGCACGAACCCUGGGGGAAACUCGAGCAAGCAGCGGAAGCUACCUUUCCUCACCUUAUCCAUCUCCCAGACUACACUCACAACGGUCCUCGCCCAGGUUUCACCAGAGAGGAUUGGCAGAGCUUAUGGGGUGAUUACGAUGUUGCUACUGAUAUAGCGUCGACGUUUACUUUGGAGCUCAUCAAGGUGUAUCCCGAUGCAAAAGUUGUCAUUGUCCAGAGGAAAUUCGAAGAUUGGUGGCCGUCGUUUCAUUCGGAGAUAUUGGUCUCUGUGUUUGAGGCAACCUGGCUUCAAAAGUUCUUGACGUGGUAUGUUUUGCGUUUUCGAGCCUUGCAUGCCAUGAGGAAGGUUCUCGCCGGUUUCUUCUCUGUGGAUGAGUACUCUGUGGGGGCCAUUACGCCCGCUAUUGCAAGGCAUGCGUAUGAGGAAUUUUAUAGCAAGGUUCGGGAAGCCGUACCGAAUGAGAGACGGUUGGAGUAUUCGCUUGGUGAUGGAUGGGAACCGCUUUGUGAGUUUUUGGGGAAGGAUGUACCGGACGUUGAGUUUCCUAGGGUUAAUGAUCGGAAGACGCAUAGUGAGGAUAUGGAGAGGCUCAUGGCGAAGCUUAUGAGGGUCUCGAUGGGGGUUCUUGGACCUUAUCUUGUUGGGUUUCUUGCUGUUGCUGUUGUCUUUUAUGCCUGGUAA